GCCGUCAGUUAUCAUUUAUAAAAAAAACUAUUUUGAUAUUGAUAUUCUAAAGUUGUGAGUAAUCCGGAAAUGUUUUGUAAAUAAUCGGUAAAUGCUGAUUGGCAACCCUGCCUACACCGCCACAAGAAGGAUCAAGAAGCCAAGAAGGUUAGAAUUGACGGGUGACGAGUUUAUGUUCUUUUUAUACUCGAAAGAAGAUUGUUGUAAAGCAAUGAGUGAUGUUAAGGAGACUUCGUGUAGACUUUGCAUUAAAUCUAUAAUAGAUACAAGUUUUGAAGUGGUAGACAACGUUAUCAUAGACAUUUUAGAUGUUCUUUUGCUGAAAUUGAAAUUUGAUAACGAGAACAAAGAGGUUAUAUGUAGCCUUUGCAGGAGAAAGUUAAAUGCGGCGUUAGAAUUUAAGUCGACCUGUCUGAAUACCGAUAACAUAAUUAUUCCUUAUGUGGAUAGCGAAAAAAUGUUACAGCUCGACUUAAGAGAAGUGUACAUGCAGGAAAAGGAAAGCGAGUUAGUUUGCAGUCAGAAAAUAUGUCGAUUGUGUAUGCACCCAGUAGAAAGUGAAGUUAGGUGCAUAGGUGAAGAGGAACUUGAAGCCAUCGAGAAAUUGGCUCCUGAAAUGAAUAUAAAUAUCAUCAACGAUCCCGUUGUAUGUAAGGAAUGCUUUGAUUCUGUGUGUACCCACAACAAUUUCCUAAAAAAUUGUUUGGAAGCACAGGAAACAAUUAGAGGUAUUUUUAAUAGUGCAGAAACAGUAAGUGAGAUAGACACGUCACCAUCUGAUUUAUUCAUUAAGACUGAGAACUUGGACAAAGAAUUCGAUAUUAACGAGAUGGAAAUGUCUAUCAAAGCUGAAAGUAUCGACAUAAAAUCCGAAGAUGAGGAAAUUAGCGACACGCCACUGCAGUGCUGCGAUAAGGUACCAUUCGAGGAGAGUGUCUGUAAAAAUGAAGAAGAGGAUGGAUAUAAACAGCAGAAUGGAUCAGAAAUGAACACCAAGCAGGAGCACAAAGUAUUGUACAAAUGUGAUAAAUGCAUUUACGAAACUGGAAGUGAGAUUCCUUUUACCGCACACUUUGUGAGACACGAGAACGAUUCGGAAGUGUAUAAAUGUGAAUCGUGUGAGUAUAAAACUGAAAAUAAGAAAUCACUUCAGAGGCACCGGGUGAGGCAUAAAGACCCUUCGAAGGUUCAAACGUACAGGUGUAACGACUGCGAUUACGAAACUAAAUACAAACGUUACAUUAAAAAGCACCAACUGAAACAUAAAGAUCCUUCGCAGCUUCAAAUGUUCAAGUGUAACGACUGCGAUUACGAAACUAAAUACAAGG